ACAUCCGGAGUGUCGGGGCUCUCAGCAGCUUUCAGCAGACCGAGCGGCGGAGAAUGAAGCGGGGCUGCUGUUCCGCUCCCAGCCUCGAACAGCCACACUGAGAACCAGGCGACACACACUCUCUCUCACACACAACAAACACACACACACACCACGCACAGCUGGCUCGGAGCGGAGAGGACGUGUGUGUCCUGACCGUCCGGACUCGUCGCGGCCAAGGUCCUCUGCAUCUUCCCUCCUGUCCUGGGGCCGAUGUUGAAGCCAGAGGCUAGCCUGAACCACGAGUGUUAGAGGUGCCAGGGUGGAUCCGGGGAGGAGGACUGCCAGCCCUUGUCCCAUGAGAGUGACUGUGCCAUUCUUGUGCUGCCAGUGACCAGGGCGGUGGAUGUGGUGGGCCUGGCCCAGGGGGCCUUUCUGUACGUCUCCCUAGGCACCCGCCGACCUGCGCUGCUCACACCAUGGAUCAACAGAGAGAUAAAUAUGGCGAUCGGCCUGCCAGGAGCACUAAGGUUUCACAGGGGAGCCGCAGCGGACACUCAUCCCGCCCCUCAGGUUCCUCCAGCUCCUCCGGGGUUCUCAUGGUGGGGCCAAAUUUUCGUGUGGGAAAGAAGAUUGGCUGUGGUAACUUUGGAGAAUUGAAGCUUGGUAAAAAUCUCUACACCAAUGAGUAUGUAGCUAUUAAACUGGAACCAGUGAAAUCGAGGGCUCCACAGUUGCAUUUAGAGUACCGGUUCUACAAAACACUGGGAAGCACAGCGGAAGGCCUGCCCCAGGUUUUUUACUUCGGGCCCUGUGGGAAGUACAAUGCCAUGGUUCUGGAGCUGCUGGGCCCGAGUCUAGAGGACCUCUUUGAUCUUUGUGACAGGACCUUUUCUCUGAAGACUGUCUUAAUGAUAGCAAUUCAGUUGAUCUCUCGAAUGGAGUACGUGCACUCUAAAAACCUCAUCUAUAGAGAUGUAAAACCUGAAAACUUUCUCAUUGGACGGCAAGGGAACAAAAAGGAACACAUUAUCCACAUCAUUGACUUUGGCCUGGCCAAAGAAUACAUCGACCCUGAAACCAAAAAACACAUUCCAUACCGGGAGCAUAAGAGCUUGACUGGCACUGCCCGAUAUAUGUCCAUCAACACACAUUUGGGCAAAGAGCAAAGCCGGCGAGAUGACUUGGAGGCCUUAGGUCACAUGUUCAUGUAUUUCCUUCGUGGGAGUCUACCUUGGCAAGGACUAAAGGCCGACACAUUGAAAGAACGAUACCAGAAGAUUGGAGACACAAAACGAAACACUCCCAUUGAGGUCCUUUGUGAGAACUUCCCAGAGGAGAUGGCCACCUACCUGCGUUAUGUGAGGCGGUUGGACUUCUUCGAAAAGCCCGACUACGAGUACCUGCGGACUCUGUUCACUGAGCUGUUUGAGAGAAAAGGAUACACCUUCGAUUACACGUACGACUGGGUUGGCAGGCAGAUACCCACACCAGUCGGGUCUGUGCACAUAGACUCUGGAGCCUCUGCUAUCACGAGAGAAAGCCAUCCUCACAGAGACAGGCCUUCACAGCACCAACCAAUAAGAAAUCAGACAGCGGCCUCUGAUCGACGAGGAGCAUGGGAGGUGCAGCCCAGUCGCCAGGCAAACUCCUCCUAUCUGACCUCCCACCUGGCAGCGGACAGGCACGGGGGCUCAGUGCAGGUGGUCAGCUCGACCAAUGGGGAGCUGAACGCAGACGACCCACUGGCAGCCCAUUCCAACGCACCAAUCACAGCUCAGGCAGAAGUGGAGGUGGUCGAUGAGGCCAACUGCGUGAAAAUGCUCAACCUGUGGUGCUGCUGCUUCUUCAAGCGAAAACGGAAGAAGAACACGCCGCGACACAAAUGAUCAUCCGCCGGCCUGAAACGCUCCCAAGUGUCCGGCUCAGUUGAUUUGUGAUUUCAGAAAUCAAUAAGGUCCCAUUCAGAGGAACAGGAGACGCCUGACAGAUCUUAAUUGAAUUCUUCACUCGGGGUGGGGGUGGGGGGGCGCCGGCUUAAAUGGUUGAGAUGUACACAAGAUCCGUGUGUCUUUCGACGGCAGUCCUAUUACAUUUUUGCCUUUUGUUUGUUUUUGUUUUUUUUUUUUUUGUCUCCAAGAUGCGUUGGAAUGUUUUGCAGGCCAGUUGUCCAGAAUGGGAUCCUUCAUGUUGGGAUUUUGCAGAGGAAAAUGGUGAUUUUUUUUUUUAAUUAUUCUUCUUAAGAGGCAUUUAUAUUUCAACUUUAAGUGUCCUCUUUUUUGCAAUCUCUUUUCCUUCCAUUUGUCUUCUGUGGAAUUGCAAAGGAAGAGAUGUAUUUUUUCCUGUGGAAUCUUCCACCUGCAACCUUACCUGUUGGCGUACGGUGAUUUAUUCAUCUCUUUUCUUGCACUCUCAAACAAAACAUGCUCAGUUUCCCUCUGUCGAGUCCCAGUGGAGUGUGGUUUGCCCCCUUGUUUGCUUACCUGUUUUGGCACAAAGCGUUUUUGUCAUUGCUGACGUGGGACUGAAUGUAAACCUGAACACACGAGGAACCAAGAGUGUAACUGCCUCCGUCUACACACAGACGCAAGAGCAUCGGUCUGCCGUCAGGCCCCUGCACUUUCUCUUCCAAAGAGGUCGACCCUGGCGCCGGGACCCAGGCCUACCCGAAGAGAAGACCAGAGAAGCCUCCUGCACUGUGUUUUCUGUCUUUUCAAAGCGGAUUCUGUUCCAGCUGCUCAGUUAAAGCGCUCUGCUUAACUUUGCCAUGUCAAAACACACUACAGUCUUUUUUGACGCUCAUGCAGUCUCGGUCCCGUCGGCUUUGUGCUGAAUAGCAACUUAGCAUUUGUAGGUUGGCUGGAAAAAAAAAAAAAAGAAAAAACAAAAAAACACAAAAAAAAAAACCAAACAAAAAAAAGAAAAACAUGCUAUUUAUGCUAUUUAUCUCUUGGUUGCCACUGAUUUUCUUACUGAUUCUUAAAACAUACACACUGAAUGUAUGGACAGAAAAGUAAAUGACUUGGGAGCAUUUAUUGAAUCUGUCAAGCGCAUGGGAAGGAAAUUGCAUCGAGCAGUGUAAAAGCCAGUGUUUUAAAGAUUUAAAAAAAAAAAAAGACCAAAACCAGGUGGACUCGGGGGUUGAGGGUGGUCUUCUAAAGGGAUUUGACCUAAAUCAUGUGAUGAAAAACGGACUCUACGUUCUGCACCGGAAGAAAGCUCGGGGACGUUGCUUGGAGCGACAAGAGUGCGAUGUGCUUCGGAGAUUCAAUCACAGCCUCUUUACGCUACUGUCCAAUGCCUUAACCCCCCCCGCCCCGCCCCCAAAACAUUGCAUAACCAACAGGAUGGACAAGCUGGCAGGAUCAAGUCGCAGGUUUGCAGUAUAAUCUUGGGGUCAUCUGUAAAAAAAAAUAAAGCCCAAGGUUUGGAAAUCAUGUAUUCCUGAUUUAGCAUAGAGCAGAUACAGCGACUCGCUUGUAACGCUGAAGAUGUUGUCCCAAGCAAACGAUGCCAAAUGGAGAGUUUGGGUGUUGUAAUAAUGUAACGGUGUUAGGACGCCCCCCCCCCGCCCGCCCCGCCGCCGUGUCCCGCCUGAGGACGCCAUCAUGUUUGGACGGCCGUGCUGGACCCUGGUCCCUUUUCCCCCCCCGACGACGUCGAGCGUGGACACCCAGGGUCCGCUGAAGGGAGGAUUAGUGAGCCUGAUGAUUAUGUGCAUACCGUUUUUUGUUUUUUUGUAUAUUUUAUUUUCCUUCUUGAGUGUCAUGGAGGACUGCCUUGAACCAAUAUCCUUGAAAAAUGUCACCUUGCCUGUCCUCUUUAACGCCUUCCCAGAGUGGAUUUCAUAGGUGUUGUUAUUAUUAUUAUUAUUAUUUUUUUUUUUUUAUCUUGCUAAUGUGAAUUUUUUCAAAUGCAAUUUUGUUUUCCAUUCCAAAUAGCCAUGGUUUUAUGGGGAAAGAGAGGGUAACAAAAAGCUAGAGACCAUGACUGCACUACAUUUGUUGAGCCCGGCUUUCCCUGAUGAGACCCUGCCUUUCUUAAUACUGAACUCAAUGUGCUUCUGACUUUAUUUGGUUGUAGCUGCCUCGUGUGCUAGGCUUCCCUAUAGGGUGCAGGGAAUACACUCGAACAGAGCUGUUUUAACCCCCCCGACACACACAUGUUCACUCUUUUCUUUUUGUGCCAUGACACCUCCCCCCUCGCCUCAUACACACACACACACACACUCACACACUCACACAUCAUGAAUCCGCUCUCAGUGGAGUGUUAGAUUUGGCAUUUUGUGGACCUGCUCAGUCAUCUUAGAGAUACGAUGUUGUAGAUGUUGCAAACUAGAUCAAUGAACCAGUAUGUAGACCUGCUUGUUGCGUGUAUUUACACUGUAUAGCUUUUGGUUCCUACCCAUGUCGGUUACUCUGGGCUCUAAGUUAUUGUGUUAUUAUUGAGAGUACUUGAAUAUGAAAAUCUAUGGGACCUUUUUUCAGUGUUUUUUUGGUUUUUUUAUUGGCUUUCGUUUUGUCAUUUUCUCAUUGUAAUUCCAGAGAAAGGAUUUGAGGGGAACGGGGAGGGAACGGGCUGUUGGAAUGACAGGUACUCUUGUUUUCCUCGAGGCUGAGAGGUGCCUCUCGACUGUCACACAGGUGAGGAUUCUGCCGUCGACUCACCUUCGGGUUCCUGUGCUCGUUUAUUGAACCUCUUUGGCGCUCAGUGCUUUGCCCGGGGGAGUUGGCAGUCACCGCAGACGUGCUUGUUCGGUCGCAGGUCAAAAUAAUUUCAGAUCUUGGGUUUCCCUGUGAGACGCUGAAGCAAUAGUUCACCCAUUUUGAAAUUAUUUUUAAUAUUAUUCGACUUCCCGCCCCACCUAGCUGUCGUGCAGCACAGUAGCGGUGCGAGAUAGUGUUUAGACUCUGGCUGGAUGCUACACAUGCUAACUGCUUGCCUCCUUCCUCCUGGCUAAGAUUCGUAAAGGUUACCGCCCUAAUCCACUCAGAAGAACGUUUAUCAUCACUUCACAAGUGUUGCUUUCCCACAGUAAGAUGCAGCUACCGAGCGCACAUGGAUGACAGUUUUGCUCUAUUUACUGUAUUUCUCCCUGUGAUCAACAUCCAGCAAGAUCCGGUAACUUCUGCUCUUCCUGUAUCACUCCGCCAGAGGAGCAGCAGCCAUCACAGAGACAGAAGCCGAAGGAGAUUGCUUUGAACACAUUUUUGUCAAAUUUAAGUUUUCUGCACAAACCUUUCAGGCACCUGCCAGCCACCGUAGUCACUGAGGGCCAGCAGAGAGUUUAGACCACAAAAGAAAGUAGUUAUGCCUUUUUUCCCCGAACAGUCAACAUUUCAGACUGUAAAGAUUCUGCUGCACAUCAUCAAACUUAAACUUUAUUUAACAAUUUGAGGUUUAAGGUGGUUAUUUUAAUGAAUGUUAUCCGGGGGGAAGGAGGCUAACAGUUAGCAUUUGUAGCAUCCAGCCAGAAUCCAGCUCUCAGUAAAGACGAGAGGAAGACCUCAGCACUACUGUCCCACGUGACAGCUACGGGGAGGGAAGUGAAAUAAUCAUCUUGACUUUAUCAAAAUGGGUGAACUGUCCCUUUAAUGGUAGCCGAGACAAAUGCAUGCCCCUCUUUCGGACACCAAAGCUGAGCUUCUGUGAUUGGAGCGUGUCGUCCGUCAGUGUCGGUCAGACCAGACGCUGAGAGCCGAGCUGACGAGUUUCCUUCAGCUCUGAUGUUUGUUUUGUUUUUGUUUUUGUUUUGUUUUUUUGGCGUGUGUGUCCGUCUGGUCAGAGCUGAGCGGUGAGUGAUGAACGAGGGUCAGCUGAGCCGCUUCAGCGCCGUCCGCCGGGUACGAAGCUCCCCACGGGCCUGUCCGAGCCCCACCACCCAGGAACGAGGUUCACGGUGUCGUCCUGCAGCCGCGAGGAGAUCCAGACCAUUUCAAAAUAAAAUGCCUUCAAUGUUCCCCUGAAUCCCCAACGCCAUUCCUCAGACUACUAGCCCAUGCCUUUACCUGUGCCAGGAACGUGUGGACGAAUGUUGUUGACCUCUGCACUCCACCUCGCGUCUCCGACUCGCUGUCCGCCGUCAUUUUGAAUUAAAAACCCGGCUGGUGGUUUUCCUUCAGCGCCACCUAGUGCUGCAGAUCCUCAGUGGAACCAGUGUUUCAAGUGUUGCAGGAAAUUUCAACUUGAGUUGUUGGAUCUUUUUUUUUUUUUUUUUUUUUUUUUUAAUGAGUUUUACGACGGUCUUUUAGGGCCACUUUAAAAAAAAAAUUCAAGAAUGAAGUCGUAAUGUUACAAGAAUAAAGUCUCAAUAUUAGUCCAUUAGAAAAAAAAGCCAUAAUAUUACAGGAAUAAAGUUUCAUUUUUUACAAGAAUAAAGUCAUAUCACGACGAUAAAGAUGUGAUGUUGUUACGUGGACAGACGCGGUGACUUAUGCCUCUCAGACGGAUAUGAGGUUCACUCUCUGGUUUGUAAAUCAUGACUUUUCCUCUUAUUUUAUUUUCAGGCUGCGACUUUUAUUCUUGUAAUAUCAUGAUUUCAUUCUUGUAAAAUUCCGACUUUAUUCUUGUAAAUUUUACUUUCAUUCUGGUAACAUUACGACUUUUUUCCUCAUAGGUCAACACGACAACUGUUGACUGAAUUAUUAGUAUUAUUAUUUUAUUAUUUUAAUAUUUACAGUGGCCCUAAAACGCCGUCAUAGAUUCGUCUUCCGGCGGUUUCUGUAACAUAAAGCCCGCUGAUCGAGGAGACGCCAGAAUUAAUUGGCCUGAUUUGUGAUUCUGGAGCUGGAUUGGUGUGACCGGCGGUUUCCCUGGACCUGGUCAUCAGAGUCGGUGUGGCUGUCGGUCGGUCGGUCUCCUUCCUUGACUCUGACGGUGUCUGUGAUUGGUCGGUUGUCGCUGGAGGAGCAGUGAGGCCCCGGGGCCGCCGCUCCUCGUGUCCAAUAAAAACUCCUCCUGUCUCCUCGCAGCAGCAGCAGCUCAUCAGUCGGACUUUGGCCUCUUUGUGCUCUUCGCUUUGGAUUUACUUUUGGUCGUGUGUACUUCACAUUCCUGUGUCAAAAGUUUGUAUGUGUGUGUGUGUGUGCGUGUAAAUCAAAGCAAACGAGAGUCAGACAGGUGGAAAUGAACGGCUUCGGUGUUUUUUGGGUUCUCUGGCACUUUUUCCUUAUUGCUGUACUGUAGAGUCGUCUUGGAUUUACUGUAAAUUUUCCUUUUUGAGGGAGAGGUUUAGGGUGACAUUUACUGCAAUAUUGUGAUGAUUAUUUGAAAAUUGUAAAUUGUACAGUUCACAAUUGUAGUCUUUGUUCCUUCUGUUGGGAUUCCAUAUAAAAGAUGUAUUCUUUGAUUUUUUUUUUUUUUUUUUUUUUUUUUUUCUUCAUUUUAAACUGUGGAAAACCGAAUUGUACAGCUCCAAGAGUUUAUCCCUCUUCCUCAGCAAUUUUUUUUUUCAGAGCUAUGAUUAAGAGAAAUCUUAAACCUGUAAAUAAAUAUUAUUGUGUUGAAAUAUGAAUGUCACUUCAAAAAUGUAUUUGAAUGAGUUAACUUAGUCAAGGGCUUCGAGAAUGAAGAACCCACAUUUCUUCUUUCUUUUAUGGUUUCAUAUUUUUAAGUUGCAGAACGGUAAAGGUCCUUUUUAAUCUGAAAUGCCUAUUUUUUUCCUCUUUGGAUUCAUAUACAACGUGUCACAUGUGAACCUUACAGAAUCACUUUUUAUUCCCUCCACACCUAAAGGGAAACUCCAGUUUGCACCCUUUUUUAUGUAAAAUAAAAGAUCUCUCCACCUUG